GGCAGCACGUGAAGCCACCAGCCUCAGGUGUGCGGACAGCGCUAGACCCACGGGUACCUACCGGCACCUGCAGACCCGUCCGAUACCGACCCGUCCGAUACCGACCCGUCCGAUACCGACCCAUUUACCUGCCAAGCACCGACCGGUUCACCUGCCACAGACCGACCGACAGACUGACCGAGCGACGUCCCGGCAGCGAUGAAGGCCGCCCGGAUCGCCCUGCGCACCGCCGCCCCCCUGGCCGGGGCCAGCAGCCGCAGCGGGCUGCCGCGGGAGGUGGAGCAGUUCUCCCGCUUCUCUCCCUCCCCGCUCUCCAUCAAGCAGUUGCUGGACUUCGGCUCAACUAAUGGAUGUGAGAGAACUUCUUUUGCGUUUUUGCGGCAAGAACUUCCUGUGAGGUUUGCAAACAUACUGAGAGAAAUUGAUCUUCUUCCUGCUAAAUUACUAGGCACUCCAUCAGUACAAUUAGUAAAACGCUGGUACAUCCAAAGUCUAAUGGAGCUAGUUGAGUUCAAUCACAAAAGCCCAGAUGACCAGAAAGUCUUAUCUGAUUUUAUAGAUACAUUAAUUAGAGUCCGAAACAGACAUCACGAUGUGGUUCCUACGAUGGCACAAGGAGUAAUUGAAUACAAAGACACUUUUAAAGUAGAUCCUGUCACCAAUCAAAACAUUCAGUAUUUUUUGGAUCGUUUUUAUAUGAGCCGUAUUUCUACCCGGAUGCUAAUGAAUCAACACACCCUUCUUUUUGAUGAUAAGUCCCGCUCAGGACACCCAAGGCACAUUGGAAGUAUUGAUCCUUGCUGUGAUGUUGCUGAAGUAGUGAAUGACGCUUUUGAAAGUUCCAAGCUGCUGUGUGACCAGUAUUACUUAACAUCUCCAGAACUGAAACUUACUCAAGUGAAUGGAAAACAUCCAGGAGAGCCAAUUAGCAUCGUAUACGUUCCUUCUCAUCUUUUUCACAUGCUUUUUGAGCUCUUUAAGAAUUCAAUGAGGGCAACUGUUGAAUUCCAAGAAGACAGUCCUUCCCUUUCUCCAAUUGAAGUGACAGUUGUUCUAGGAAAAGAAGACCUGGCAAUUAAGGUCUCAGACAGAGGAGGUGGUGUUCCAGUAAGGAAAAUCGAGCAGCUGUUUAGCUACAUGUAUUCCACAGCACCGAGGCCAAGCAUGGAGGAUGAUCGACAGACCCCUCUUGCUGGUUUUGGGUAUGGCUUGCCAAUUUCUCGUCUGUAUGCUAAAUACUUCCAAGGAGAUCUAAAUCUCUAUUCCAUAUGUGGUUAUGGAACAGAUGCUAUUAUCUACUUGAAGGCCCUAUCAACAGACUCAGUAGAAAAACUCCCAGUUUUUAACAAAUCAGCUUCCAAGCAUUACCAGGCUACCUCAGAGGCGGAUGACUGGUGUGUCCCAAGUAAAGGCCCAAAGGAUGUAUCAAAGCAGAGUGCAGCUCUCUGAAGAGAAGUUGGUGUCCAGGCACUCAAGGGGAUCAAGCUGGCUUCUUAAAAAAGACUAGUGUUUGGAGGUAUUCCUCUACCUCCAAACAAGCAAAUUCUUCAGUUUCGGGACUGGCAGAAGGGAAAGAAGAUACGGAUGUUAUAGCCUGGGCUGCAUGCACUGAAUGUGGAAUCUUGCUGCGGGCUUCAGGAUUGGGAAAAUAGGAGCACAUCGGUCUUUAAAGAAGAGAUGUGUAUAGAGGAAAGUCAGACUAUUUUUUUUUCUUACGAGCAAAGACUUGAUGUAAUAGAGGUGUGCAAUUUUUAAGUCCUGUUUAAUGCUUGAAUUAUGAAUACUGAUAAAGGUCAGUUAUGAUGGUGUAUAUUUUUCUCCUAGAAUAGUUAUCAGUGGUUCAUCUUAUUACAGAACUUCUCAGGUAGAUAGAUAACACCUGUACUUUAAAGCUGUAUUUAUAACAUUUGCAAAACAUCAACUUAACAUGGCAGUCUUGUAGCAAGAUACAAACAGCGUUUAAAUACAUCCUGACUGGGAGGGAGGGAGCCCUGGGAGGUAGGGAGAAAGUGUUUUCCGUAUAUAAGGAAGUCCUGUUUUGAAAAUACAACAAACCUGUCUUUCAGUAAUAAUUCUAAUUUGAUGCCUUGCUCUGCAAGUUGCACUGCUAGAUUUUUUUAUGUUAAGUUGUUCAUGGAAAAACUAGCCAAGUAAAGCUCCCGCGCAUAUGGUAACUAAGAAGGAAAUUGGGAUAUUUUUAUAAAGCUACUGGAAAGACACGGAAAGCUACUUUGUUAUAGCAGCUGUAAGGUUAGGCUACAUCUGGCAUACAUCCCUGCACUCCAGAAAGCGUGUGCCAAGUAAGUAGAUUGGGAUUUUGCAAGAACUCAAGUCAGACGUGCAAGUUGAACGGAAAGGGUUUGGUGAUCUGUAUUAUGUAGGCAUGACACAGGAAACAACAGUAUCUUUAAAACAUGGUCUUGUGGUUCCUUUUUGUCAUGCUGUUAGAAGUUUAGUGGGUCGGUACGCAAACCCAAAAUCUGCCGGUCAUCUUUCUUGAGUUUGUUUUGGACCACACUAGCUCAUGGUAUGUGGGAAUUCUACACCUGGAAAGCUGUGAUGAGCACCGAAAGUCUAUUAGAAAGGUUUUCAGGAAGAGUGGUGUUGGAUCUAGAAUUUUGUUCUAAGAACUGUUUAUUGCAAUGAAAAGGGCUUAGGAGAUAAGAAGUUUCAAAAUACGAACAGUACUGAAAACUGUAGAAUGACUCUUAUGAACAGGAAAAUAAUGAGGAAUUGUCACAGGAACAGUGCCAGUGAGAGCUGUUGGGAAAUUAUUCCAUUCUCAAUAAGCUGCUUCAUUUCCCAUCCUUGUGCAUUUUCUCACUUGUAAACAAGGUACACUUAACAACAGAAUAGAAGUUAAACUAUUGGAUGUUGCCAAACUGGCCAGUCAAAGUUUAUCAGGGCUGUAUAAUAUGACUUGAUUAUUUUUUUACCAAGUAACGUAUUAUCUUAGGUGUAUAUGAUCCUUUACAAGAAGUUGCAAGUACAGCAUUUAAAGAAUCCUGCUCAGUUGUAUGACAGUUUUCUAAAAUAAAUUUGUAUUUCUUGGACAGAAAGCCACUCCAUAUUCUGCUGUGAAUAUGAAGUAUUUUUUUUUAACAGGAAUGAAAGCUGAAACUACUUUUGUGUUCUAGAAAUCCUGUUGCACAGAUUUAUCCAUCAAAAAUAAAAUAGUAACCUGAUAUGCUUUGUUUCUUUAGAAGUAUUGGUGAUAACUACUGAGCAUGAUGACUUCAGUAUUACAUCAAGGCUGUUUUUAUCUCAGUGAAUAAGCUUCAGUGAAAUGAAAUAUCUUUGUCUAGAAUAUACAGAUGUGGAAAAGCUGCCAUCACUGCCUUACUAUACUUGAAUAUGUGUUGAUUUUGUAUUGAAUACAAGGUCACAAAAUGAUACCUAGAUAGUCAUUGUUGUCAAGCAAACACAAAUGUUACCUCUCUGUCUGCACCCAGUAAUGCCUGAGUAUGAGUUAUGAUCUCAUGCUGUAUUGUACAUCUGUAACAUAGCUGCAGCUGUAACUUCUAUCUCAAAGCAGCUGAAGCCCAUGGGUGCUGUAAACAUAUCUGCAAUGUUGCUUGCAGAGAGAAGCUGCAAAAGACAUUCACAUUGCAGACAGAGAUGUCUAUAGCACUUAAGGAACCCACGUGGAAUCUCUGUACUUUUAAAAAAUACCUAAGGGCUAUCUGUCUAGAUCAUACAGUGUCUUUUUUUAGCAUUUACUGAAUUUUUAUUCCUGAAAGUAAAGCUGUGGUUUUAAGCCUUUUACUUGGAUGUAGAAAUAAUUUUAUAAUAAAAUCUUCUAAAUGGU